AUGUCAACGCUUCCCUUUACCUCUUUUCAAGACGGCGUCUCGUACGGCACCAAGGCUUUGCCAGCAGCUAUAAGCGCGGUGCUGAGCUUCGGCCUCUUUUUGGGUGACUGGAGUAACCACCUUGGUGCCGAAUGGCGCUUGAAGCGAUCUGCAAGAUGUGAGUGGUGAUCGUGAUGAUCGUGAUGAUCGUGAUGAUCGCGGUGAUCGCGAUAAUCGCGGACUUGUUAGCGCGACGCGCAGCGCUUACUCGACCUUGCGCCAGUUUUCGCAACGCAUCUCUACUUUGCAGCGCGAUGCUCUGGUCUCGUCGCAUUGAUCUGCCAGGUCGUCUUGACGGCAGGCGUGGGUCAUUACUGCGACUGCUUGGCGGUAUCCAAGACUGGCACAGUCUUCACUUGCAUCGGUGUUGGCUCGGCGUACGCCCUCUUGACACUAAGAUGCGCCGCACUGUGGCACUUUGAUCGUCGCAUCACCGUGUCGCUGUUCAUCAUCUGCGCACUCGUCUGCUCCACGUACCUGAGCCACAUCGUCGUGCUGUCUGCUUCGCCAUCGCCGUACGCGUGAGUCGAGCAGGCUCUGCAGGCGCUUUGCAAGACGCUUCGCCGCUGACCCCCUCCCCGCCCGCGUCCAGCGAAGAUCUCUGCUUCAUGACGGGGCAGGUCAAGUCGCUGGCAGCAUCGUACAUCGGAGCAGCCCUCUUCGACACUCUUCUUGCGGUGCUCACUGUUCUGCCCUUGAUGAGGUCGCCAAACAGCCUCGUGCACUCCGACAUUGGACGCCGAGUUGUUCGCGGCACGGCUGCAUACUAUUCGAUGGUCAUCCUGCUCUCCACCUCGUGCGGCGCGCUGCUCCUCUCGCAGCAAGCGCCUCACAUUUCCAGCAUCCUGACUCCGAUCCACGCUUCGAUCACCAUCUCGAUGGCUUGUCGAGUGCAUCUCUACUUGAGACAUUUGACCGACAAGCGGCAGCACUCAGCUUCACCUCGUCGCAUCGAGGUCAAGAAGCUGGACGGACUGAGCAGCCCAAUCGAGGGAUUGAGCCCGCAACCCAGUCCGGUCAAGUCGCGCAAAUCGAGCCUCCGAGCGCCACUUGCCGUCGCCGUCCUGCGCAGACCGUCCAGACGCGAUGCUGCCGACUUGGAGCGAGCGACUGACAGUCUCGCUCCUUACACUCUCCCUCCUCACAUUGCAUCGUGGGAGAAGCGCACGUGGGCGAUGCGAUCGGACAGCGCCAUGGAUGCUCCAGCGCGUCGAUCCAGCCACGCUUUCGAUCCGCACCUGGACCUGCCACUUGCCGCCUAUUCGGCACACGGGGUCAACACUCGAGAGGGCUAUAGCGAGAUGCGCGCCUCCUCUCGUGCCAUGUCGUGCGACGAGAGCGCUCCUUUUGCAAACCUACGCCGAGCGAGCAUCGAUGCGCAUCCCAUCAGGAUGCAGUCCGAGUCGUGCUCGAUGAUCAGCCCCAUAGACCACCAUGCCAUUGCUUCACUCGACCUCAAAUCACGUGCCAGCCUGUAA